AUGGCACCUGUCGCAGUGGAGCCUCGCCCCACCUCGCCCUCCGUGGCUUCGGGCUCGAAGGCCAACGGUAAGCGCUUUGCCGGCGCCUCUACCAACCGCGCGCACAACUACUCGUCCGAGCACUUUGACCUCGGCGCCCUGGCGACCGAAGACGACUACCCGUACAACGAAUUCAAGCCAUCCUUCCCCAAGGUGCACUGGGACGCGUACGAGCCCAUCGAGCCGCCCACGGACCGCGGCCUCUUUGCCGACCCGGAGAAGAAGGCGCUGUUUGGCGCUGCCACGGCAGUCAAGGAUCUGACGCGUACCAUCGGUACCGAGCUCGAGGGCAUCAAGCUCGGCGAGCUCAGCGACAAGCAGAAGGACGAGCUGGCGCUGCUCGUGGCUGAACGAGGUGUGGUGUUCCUGCGUGGUCAGGAUGACUGGACCAUCGAGCAGCAGCUCGAGCUCGGACGCUACUGGGGUCCUCUGCACAAGCACGCUACCACGGGUGUGCCUGCUCGUGGCGAUCUGGACGAGGUGCACGUGGUGUACGCGCACCCGACCUCGGACCCCAACGAGAAGGUGUACCGUGGGCCCGUGCAGCACUCGCGCGCCGACCUGUGGCACUCGGACGUCACGUACGAGGUGAACCCUCCGUCCUACACGAGCUUCAAGCUGCUCGUCUCGCCCGAAGCUGGUGGUGACACGCUGUGGGCUUCUGGCUACGCUGCGUACGACCGCCUGUCGUACCCGCUGCGCCAGUAUCUCGAGUCGCUCACUGCGAUCCACUCGGCAGUGGACCAGGCCGAGGGCGCUCGUCGAUACGGCAACACGGUGCGCCGCGAGCCGGUCGAGACCGAGCACCCGCUCGUGCGCGUCCACCCGGUGACCAAGCACAAGGCACUCUUCUUCAACCCGGGCUUCGUCAAGUACAUCCCCGGCGUGCCCAAGGCCGAGUCGGACUACCUCGUGCAGUUCCUCACCAACCACGUCUCGUCGGCGAGCGACUUUAGCGUGCGCUUCAAGUGGAACGCCGGCGACGUGGCCAUCUGGGACAACCGCACCAACAUCCACUCGGCCAUCUACGAGGAUGUCGGUGUCUCCAGAAGACAUGCCGUGCGCGUCGCCGUGCGCGGAGAGAUCCCCACCGACAGCGAAGACGGCACCAGCCGCGAGGAGGAGUACUACAAGGCUAGGGGUUUCCGCGUCGACAGGAGCGUGCAGAAGGGCCAGCGCCGCCAAGCCGGCUACAAGGACUAA